AUGGCGACGACGAGCAAACAGUAUAAAGCCAUCGGAGAGGAUCUUUGGAAAAGUCGUACAGAUAAAAUCAAUUCAGAGUUGUUUUCUCUUACAUAUGGCGCCCUCGUCGUUCAGUUGAUCCAAGACUAUGAAGAUUAUGCCGAAGUGAACAAGCAACUCGAGAAAAUGGGAUAUAACAUUGGAACACGAUUAAUCGAGGACUUCCUUGCAAGGAGCUCUUUAGGUCGCUGCUCUGACUUCCGGGAAGUGGGCGAGGUGGCGGCAAAGGUCGGGUUUAAAUCCUUCCUAAACAUCACACCAACAGUCACGCACUCUGGUGCUCCACCACCUUCCGCCCGCCCGACCAGUACAGUUCAACAAUCAGGAGUUCCUGGCUCGUCUUUCAUCCUGACCCUGGAUGAGAAUCCCUUGGCUGAAUUUGUCGAACUCCCUGACGAAGCUUUGGAAGGAGGGCUAUGGUUUAGUAACGUGCUGUGUGGUGUUCUUAGAGGAGCACUUGAGAUGGUCCAGAUGCAGGUGCAGGCAGAGUUUUUGUCUGAUGUACUUCGCGGUGACGAGAGCACGGAGAUUCGAGUGACAUUGCUGAAGUACCUGGAAGAAGAAGUGCCAGUCGGAGACGACUAG